AUGCCUUGGGCACAGCUGAAGCAACAGCAAAGGCUUUCAGAGCUCUCAGCCACAGAUGGUAAAAGAGUGGAGCAUGACAAAGAAUUUUUCCACCAGCGCUAUCAUCAUCGGGAAUUCAGGUUUGAUCUCUCCAGGAUCCCAGAGGGAGAAGCUGUGACUGCCGCUGAGUUUAGGAUAUACAAGGAUUAUAUCCGAGAGCGCUUUGAUAAUGAAACUUUCCGGAUCAGUGUCUACCAGGUGCUUCAGGAGCACACAGGGAGGGAUUCAGAUUUGUUUCUGCUUGACAGUCGAACUAUCUGGGCUACGGAGGAGGGUUGGCUGGUAUUUGACAUUACAGCCACGAGUAAUCACUGGGUGGUGAACCCACAGCACAACCUCGGCCUGCAGCUGUCAGUGGAGAGUCUAGAUGGACAAAGCAUCAACCCCAAGAUGGCAGGUCUGGUUGGAAGACAUGGUCCCCAGAACAAGCAGCCAUUUAUGGUUGCAUUCUUUAAGGCCACAGAAGUACAUCUUCGUAGUAUCCGGUCUACAGGAACCAAACAACGCAGCCAAAACAGAUCAAAGACACCAAAGAACCAGGAAGCUUUGAGGAUGUCCAAUAUUGCAGAGAACAGUAGCAGUGACCAGAGGCAAGCUUGUAAGAAACACGAACUCUAUGUCAGCUUCCGAGAUCUGGGAUGGCAGGACUGGAUCAUUGCCCCUGAAGGUUAUGCAGCCUACUAUUGUGAAGGAGAAUGUGCUUUCCCCCUGAAUUCUUACAUGAAUGCCACAAACCAUGCUAUUGUUCAGACACUGGUUCAUUUUAUAAACCCAGAGACUGUGCCAAAACCUUGUUGUGCUCCAACCCAACUCAAUGCCAUCUCCGUUCUCUACUUUGAUGAUAGCUCCAAUGUCAUUCUAAAAAAAUACAGGAACAUGGUUGUCCGGGCCUGUGGUUGCCAUUAGGCUUCUAUCAGUUUAGCCUCGGGUUUCAGAUCUUCUUGUGCUGCAGAAGGAACCCUGUUGUGGAUCAUCUUGCAAAGAGCUGGGGCCUUCCGCAACACGUCCUUUUGAGAGGAACCACACUAUGCUGCCAUUUCCAAGGGUGUGGUGUGUGCUUUAUGUGUGUAUGUGUGUGUGUGUGUGCAUGUGUGUAAAAGGUGUAGGGAUGAUUGAGCAAAAUCUUCAGGGCAAGUUGGCACAAGACAAACAAAGCGGUCUUACUGAAAAUCUGGCCACAGCAAUUGGCUUCUGAGUCUCAACCCAAAGAUGACUCACUCUCCGGGGAUAAUUAUGAACGCCCCUUCAUCUAGGCCACCCAGCAGGGUAGGGGUGUGUGUGUCUGUGUGUGUGUCUUUGUGUGAGUGUGCGGGUGUGCACAUCUAUAUGUGCUUAGUAAGAAUGACUUGGAAGUUCCUGUAAUAAAAGUCAUAAUAAAACGAAUGAAUGAAAAAUGGUUAGGAUGUUAGAUACAUUUCCUAAACAAUUUAUCCCAAUUCCCUUAUUUACCCCAACUUCAUAAACAGAAGCUGUGGCUGGGUAUCGGAGGGCCCUGAAAUCGCAGGAAGGUCUUGACAUUUGGCUCACAAGAACAGAAAGCACGCAUGGGUUUACUCACUCAAAAUACAAGUGGGUAUAAGGGGAAAAUGAAUUUCCACUCUGGGGAAUGUGUUGACAUUGAUUGGAGAAGGAAAAAUCCAAAGUAAAUAAACUCCAAAGGACGUGUUCACUUUCUGAAUUUGUGUUGUGUGUGCCAGAGAUUAAAUAGGCAUGUUAAAUACCAGCAGUAAUCUGA